GGCACUGGGGUGGUGUUUCCAAGCGUAACCCCCCACUUCCCAGCCACAUUUAGGUGGGUAGUGGGGAUGGGGGAGUUUUUGCCGUUCUCCUUUUCUCCUUGUGCUAGAAUUUUCCUUUCCUGAAGAUUCUUGACUUUUUCCUUGUGCCUUCUUAGAAAUAGGCAGGUUGUUCCUGUUUACCUUCUCUUUAAAAAUCAAACGCCUGCCUAAAGUGCAAGAUCAUAUUGGAUUCUCCAAAGCUGAUCAAGAAUACAUUUAUUUAAGCAUUCACUCAUUUUUUUUUCUUUUUAAAAAAAAAACCAGGGCUCACUCACCAGUAGGAACAUAUGGUGAAGGGAAAGGAGGUGAGAUGAAAAGCUUUAAAGAUGUUUCUCAAUAGGAACAUAUUAUUUAAAAACCUAGGAACAUGAAACAGAAAACGCUGAUUUCACGUAAAGGUCAGGAGCUCAAACAUGUGAAAGAGACACAAUCCCAGAUUCAUUGGUUUAUAUACUUAAUGUUGGACUUAGACACACAGUCGUGCCUUGCAUGUAUCAUUCUGGAAAGUUUCUUCUCUCCACAUCCCGGAAUUAACAAUUGAAGGCAACCUAAGGUCUGUGGCAUGAUUUCUGAGAUUUUUCUCUAAGAAAAGAUUACUGUACGAUGCUGUGCUUGGUAAGAUGACAGGCUUCACUAAGGCCAACCUGGAACAAUAAUGUUUCAGAAAGAACUGUUGCAAAAAUCCCAUAGAUAUAAGUAUGUAGUCAAAAAGAAGGCUUACAGGGCAGGGGUUGUGUCUCAGUGGUAGAGCAUUUGCCUAGUAUGUGUGAGGCACUGGGUUUGAUUCUCAGCACCACAUAUAAAUAAAUAAAUAAAAGUCUAUCAACAACCAAAAAAUAUUAUUUUUUUUUAAAAAAGAAGGCUCUCAGACUCAUUAUAAGUUGCUUUGAAUCUCAGGGGGGAGACACAUAGGAAAAAAGAAAGAAAGAAAGAAACCCCAAACCUCAAACCUUAUUUCCUAUUCUACAAAGAAAUGUUUUAAUAGCAAAAUAACUAAACACUCACUUGUUCAAGAAAACUGUGCCAUUCACAAGUUCUCCUUAAAUUUCUUGAAUACUGUGAAUGCCUUAUUUUGCCUUAUUUCAAGAAAAUAUUUCUUCUUUGUCUGUGUUUCUUGUAAUUUUUGUACAUUUUGAGUUUCUAUGGGCAACUUCCUUUGUGUACUUUCUUUUCCUCUUCUACUUUUCCAGAAGUGCUACUGAGAAGUGACAGAUUCUCUGCUCUGGGUAAUGUUUUGAACUGGCUGAAAGCCAGUAGUGUGCUUACAAGCAUCUAAUCAUGUCCAUAUGCUAAUAGCUUAUAGAUCAAUAACCAUUCCUGCAGAGAAGGUGUAAAUAAGAGGGCUUUGAAAUAAAUAAAAUAAGACUGAAAAGAAAGAGCAAACUAAGUCAAUGAAUCAAAUACACCCCCCCCUUCUUAAUGUCCUUCGAUUUCAUGCUUACUCUCAAUUUAGUCUGCUAAAAUCUCCAAACUGACUUCUCGAGUCUCGUUAAUUCUGUUAAUGAGUUGUCUGGAUUGACUAAUUGUGUUCUGUAGAGUCAGUUCUUACUCUAAAGGAAAUGGUGGAACCUAUCAAAUGCAUGCUCCAUGAUCUGAAUGUCUUGUUUCCAUUCUUUCUAUUUACUAGAGAAGGGAAGCAAAGGGGAAAGAAAACCUGGUCUACUUGGAAUAUUCUGUUUGAAAUUUAUGCAGAGGGAACUAGAAUCUAAGUCAAUAUAGCAAAUACACAAGUUCAUGGAAACUCCUUACUACUCCUCUGGGUAGUAAGGGUACUAUGAAGGGGGAUGGCCUAAAAUAAACAGAGAAGAGAGAGGAGAGAGGAGACAAAGAGAGAGAGAACCCAAGAGAAAUGGAGAGAGAGAGACACACACACACAUAUUGGAGAAGUUUCUUUGUGGUGUAUACUGACAAUUUAAAUGAUUACAAUCAAGAAUUGACCUAGAGUUUCUUUGGAUAAUUUUCGUGUAGAAGCAGUUAUCUGAUUAAAUAGGACAAAACAGGCAUAAGGAUGGCAUAUCAUGGCAAGAAAUCCUGUAUAGUUAAUUAUAUCCAUAGGAAAGGAUCAACAUUACACUUUUUAAUUAAAUAGCUGAUGUUGAUUAUGCUUUCCUUUAGUUUCAUAUUUGUUUUGCCAAAUUAUUGAGUGUCUGGAGUGUCUUGCUUGGUGCUCAGGAUUAAAUAACAUAUGAAAAAGAUCUAGCUUCUCCUGCGUGUGAAAAGAUUGCUGUGGUGGGGUGAACAAAAGAGAAUCAUCAGAGUGUGGCCUGUGCAGUCUUACAAGUGUUGGGAUAACUGAGAGGCUUCCUGUAUGGCACAGACAGCAGAGGGAGGUCUGAGAGAGCCCAAGUGAUGCUGGAAUUGGGAGCAGUUCAUUGUGACAGAGUAUACAUUGGGAUGUCAAGAUGAGGCCAAAGGAGUAGGCAAGGAGGGCAUCAAGAUGUGAAUGUCAUACUGAGGAUUGGAUUCCCCUGCAUAGGCCAGUGUUAUCAUUAUGUGUGGGUGCAGACCCUUUAGUGGGAGAGAAAAUUAAAGUAGGCAUGUUAUCAGCAGACCAUAUAAAAUCAAAUCUCUUUCAAAAUGUGAAAGAGAGAAUCAAAUGCAGAUAAGUGGUUACACAGGUGAUGGAAGCCAGAUAGGGGAUGUUGGGGCUACUCAGGGAUUAGCAACAGCAGGGGAUUUAUCACCACCGACUGGCUGGAGAGACAUGCAGAAGAGGCAGUGUGGCAGAGGCCAGGAACCAGGACCAUCCACUGCAAGCAGGAUCACAGAGGGUUUGUAUUAUAGACGUCAGAGCCAAGGAGCUGGUGCAGAGGUGCUGCUCAGAACAGAGAGGGAGGGGAAAGGAGGCAGAGGCUUCCUCCUUCCUCCUGCUGCUAAUUACCUGCCAGUUCCUCCUAUUAACUUUCCAGAGCCAGAAUCCCAGACUCCUGAUGAAUGGGGACCCUGCAAAUGUCUCUAUGAGACUCAACCCUCUUGUGGUGUGGAAUAGAACAGAGUAGGAAAUGGUGGAAGAUGCAGCUGAGGCACACAGAUCUAGUUGCAGGCCAAGUGCAACAGUGCUAAAAAUGGGACCAGUGGGUGCCGAGUCUGACGAGAACCAGACAGUGGAAGAAACCAAGGUGGAGCAGUAUGGGGCAGGGCACACCACUCCGAGGGGUGAGCUGGCCCCUGACCCUGAGCCAGAGCUCAUAGACAGCACCAAGCUGGUUGAGGUACGUGUUGUCCUCAUACUGGCCUACUGCUCCAUCAUCUUGCUUGGGGUAGUUGGCAACUCUUUGGUGAUCCACGUGGUGAUCAAAUUCAAGAGCAUGCGUACAGUAACCAAUUUUUUUAUUGCCAACCUGGCCGUGGCGGAUCUUCUGGUGAACACCUUGUGCCUACCAUUCACUCUUACCUAUACCUUAAUGGGGGAGUGGAAAAUGGGUCCUGUCCUGUGUCACCUGGUGCCAUAUGCCCAGGGCCUGGCAGUUCAGGUGUCCACCAUCACCUUGACUGUAAUUGCCCUUGACCGUCAUCGGUGCAUUGUUUACCACCUAGAGAGCAAGAUCUCCAAGCGAAUCAGCUUCCUGAUUAUUGGCUUGGCUUGGGGCAUCAGUGCCCUCCUGGCAAGUCCCCUGGCCAUCUUCCGGGAGUACUCACUGAUUGAAAUUAUUCCAGACUUUGAGAUUGUGGCCUGUACUGAGAAAUGGCCUGGUGAGGAGAAGAGCAUGUAUGGCACUAUCUAUAGUCUUUCCACUUUGUUGAUUCUGUAUGUUUUGCCUCUGGGCAUCAUCUCUUUUUCCUAUACUCGUAUUUGGAGUAAACUCAAGAACCACGUCAGCCCUGGAGCUGCAAAUGACCACUACCACCAGCGAAGGCAGAAAACCACCAAGAUGCUCGUGUGUGUGGUGGUGGUGUUUGCUGUCAGCUGGCUGCCCCUCCACGCCUUCCAACUUGCUGUUGACAUCGACCACCAUGUGCUGGACCUGAAGGAGUACAAACUCAUCUUCACGGUCUUCCACAUCAUCGCCAUGUGCUCCACCUUUGCCAACCCUCUUCUCUAUGGCUGGAUGAACAGCAACUACAGGAAGGCUUUCCUCUCAGCCUUCCGCUGUGAGCAGAGGUUGGAUGCCAUUCACUCGGAGGUGUCUGUGACACUCAAAUCUAAAAAGAACCUGGAAGUCAAAAAGCACAAUGGCCCCAGUGACUCUUUAUCUGAGGCUACCAAUGUCUAAGGAAACAGGUGUGAAAACUUAGGGAUGAAUUCUGACCAGAGCUAUCAACCUGAUUAAGGAAGGCUCACAGGUAUGUGCUAGUCUCCCAUUUUGAGGACAGAAAAGCAUCUUAAUGGAAGUAUUAGCAGCAUAAUUCCUGAAAAACUGAUAGGGCGAGCCUUGGUGAAUUUACUCCGUAUUCAAAGGUAGGAACAACAAAAUGGUUUCAUUACCGCUGCUCAGACGGUAGAUUGAAUAGAGUCAAAACAGGGAGAAGUGCUUUUGACUCAUCUCCCAGAUAGAAGGCAAAGUGAACAAGAAAUUGACAUUAGCAGCAUUGCUAAAAGGUGGGAGCAAAAUAAGUGAACUCUCAAGUCGCAUCAGGACAAGUACUGGGGGUUCUGUUCCGUGUCCUCCCUGCUUCCUCCUCAUCUAAUGAAAAGUUUCUGAACACGAAUUUCUCUAGGGAGCAUAGAUGCUCCUUUAUGGUGUUUGGUUUUAUUGUCCUUCUCAUAUGUGAAAUCCAGAAGAGAAUGCUAUAGGAAAAUGUUGCUAACUGAAUGACUUCAAGAUCGUUUCAAGGGCAUAAACUGAAAUUUGCUAGACAAUUAAUAUGUGAAGGAAAAUUAUUAGUACUCAGUGAGCAAUUGCUCAUACAAGCAAAUGCACAUUUUGUGAAUUAUUUUUCAACUCAGAAUCAAAGGCUGAUAUUCUCAGAAUUAUAAAAAAUAUGAACCAUUAUUGAAUUUCUCACAUCAAGUUUUUCCUGCUUUUGUAUAGAUACUAUUACAUAAUCAGUAAAUAACUUAAUUCUCUUAAUUAUUGCUAAUUGUUAUAACUUUCAGAAUCUGUAUGAUCUCUGUGAUGAUUCCUGUGUUGGAACAAAUUUGCACUAAAAUUAAAUCAGAUUAGAAUAUAAUUUUUACAACAUUUUGCAACAUAUGACUAUUUGUAAGCAACUUUUGCACAGGCACAUACAUGUUUACAGAACACUGAAGUAUUAUUUUCUUUGGAAUUCAUCUUCCAUGGACCCAUUCAGGAUUAAAAAAUAUAUAACUUCGAUAAAAUUGACUCAUCUGGUAAGAAAAACUAAAAGCACUUGAUUCAUUACACCCUGCAAAUGUUUUGUUUCCACCAAUUUCUUUUAUUUUUUCCUCAAAGUAACUAUAUAUUUAUUGUCCAAAUGAAUAUAUACAUAAUAAAAUGUACCAAUAAAUAACGGAACAUAGAUCCUAUAGUAGUUUUUCCUUAAUGAUUUUAUUAAUAUAUUUUUUAUUUUAAUAGUACCUAACCAAAGAUAAUUAAAAUAUUCUAUGUUCAUGAAAAAGAAGACAGAUUUUAAAAAUAGUCGCAUUUCUCUGGAUGCUGUUAAAGAAGUUUCAUUGUAGUUAUAUUUUUGUAAAUAUGAUGGAAUUUGUGAACAUAUUCCUUACAUUUCAGACAAAUUCAACGUGAGUAUUCAGUUGUAAAGCUAAUUAUAUGAGCUGAAGAACUUCAUUUUAUGGAUAUACUUAAAAUUUAUACUACAAAUCUUAUUAAAUUCCUUCUAUGCUAGAAAUAAAAGAUUGGUCCUGAAAUGAACUGUACUUUUGGAAUACUAAUAAGUCAGUAAAAGUAAGACUAGAUCAAAGAUUAAGAAAUUAACAAAAAUAAUAUAUAUCUGUAUUAUAUCAUAUAAUUGAAUAACUCAUUUUUCUGUUGGACUUAGCAAAACUAUCUAAGGAGAAGCUUUUUGUCUUUUACAUAGCUGUUACAUUGCUUAAGAUGUUAAUAGAAGAUUGUAGUAAAGGAUUUUAUUUCCCUUGGAGAGUUCUUACACUGAAAGAAAUUUAUAUGCUUUGAUGAGUAAACUGUUAGAAUUCAGUUAAUGAAGUGAUUAACAUAUGUCUGAUUCAAUUAACUAUGUCAAUUCAUUAAUAAAAUAUCUUUUAUGUAGUGAUUUUAAUGUUGAAAUAAAAGGAAUUUGGGAAAUUAAAGAACUUGUAUGGAAUUUGA